AUGCAUAAAAUUCUGUCUCUCGUGUUCCUUCUCCUCUUCGUCGGCGUGGUCGCCGCCGUCGGCUUUGUCGCCUACAGCAUUUACCAGGAAGUCAGCAAAAACACCCGUGAAAAGAUGGAGCACAAGAACAUUGCCUUCACAAAGGAUGGAAUGAAGGUCGGCGUGAGAGAGCUGAAGGAUGAGGCCUACAAGGAUCGCACUCAGAGUGUUCUCGUCAAUGUUUGGAAUAAUACCUCCUUCCCCAACUACAAGAGUCGCCUUUGGGAUAUGAGUGGCAAACAGGGUCAGAGCGCAGAGAAGCGCAAGCCGUACGCCUUUCUCGUCGUACCUUGA